CAUCAUGUAGGCUACAUUUUUGUUAAAGCCAUUUAGUCAUCGAUCUAUUAUGAUUAUUCGAUACAAAGUAUUCUGGGAUAUGAAGAAAGUUCGACAUAAUGAAUUCCGAAGAAGGAUGCAGCGGACUGAGAACGCCGUGGAGAAAUAAUUGAAGUGAACCAGCGGAAAGAAUCGAAUGGCUUCUGUAGAGCUGCUUUAUAUAGAUAAGGAAGGAAGAGGCAGACAACCCGUUCAUCCCUGCGUCCUUGACUGGGCUUCCAAUCCGGUGCAUGUUCGCAAAGCCAUCAGUUCAGCCGGAGGGGCGCUCUCUAUCUCAGCUCCGGGCUGCAAAGGACUGUGUAAUUCAACACCAAGGACGGUUCCCCAUAACGGAUGUCCGCAUCCUAAACACCGUCACCCUGCGGUGGAGAAGGUCAACGUGUGCUGCGACGAAGAAUUAGAUACAUCUUUCACCUACGUCGACGAUAAUGUGAAUUUGCGCCUGGCAAGCCCUGUGAAAAUUGGGGAAAGUAUACACAAAUCCUGGUGUAGACCUAAUGACUGUGCGAGCGACAUUCGGCCCGAGGGGUCCCUAAUAUCAGAUGAUGAUCUCGCAUCAGAAAAUUCGGGGGCAUCUGUAGAUUACGGUUUUAUAAGUGCGGUCACUUUCCUAGUCACCGGGAUCUCGUUAGUAAUUAUAUCCUAUGCAGUCCCUCGCGAGGUCAAAGUGGACCCUGAGAGCGUGUCCGCGAGGGAGAUGGAGAGGCUGGAAAUAGAAAGUGCCAGGGUAGGGGCACACCUGGAUAGGUGCGUGAUAGCAGGGCUUUGCCUACUGACGCUGGGCGGGGUAGUGCUGUCCACCCUGCUAAUGAUAUCUAUGUGGAAGGCAGAGAUGUACAGGAGAAAAGCCUUUGCAUAUUCCAAGCACUCGGGGAAACUGUAUGGCUCCAUCAUUUUAAAAACGAGAUCUAGCCCUAGUCGGUCGUCCGCGCACCUGUCUAUGAAGGAAGAGAUAGAUGAGACCUUGAAUUAAAACGCUAUCCUGUCGAGAAACUACGUUGCCUUGUGUUACUAAAACAGAGCAACACAAUACAGCAUGAUGCAGGUACUCCAGACCCAAAGCGUGCAACCUGAACCCAUCAGUCGGUCUGCCUACAGAACAUUAGCUUAACUGUUAAAAUAUUAAUGUUUUUUAAUAUUCAAGGUGAUGAAAUAUGAAUUGUCUUAUACUAUCAUCUCCAUAUAAUUGAAUGGACAUACAAGGUAAAGGCUUAUUUAACCAGGUAAGCAAAUUAACAAAAUGAUACAGAAUGAAUAAGCAUGACAACAAAAAUUACGUUUUUUUACGAACUUGUUAUUGGAAAUGGAAAAUGCUGGGUCACAUCAUUAAGGUGAUACGUGUUUUAUGUGAAAGUGUCCGACAGUCAGUAAUAUGAUGCAUACACAUAUGUUAGAGGGAAACGUGUCUGUCCCAUGAGUUUAGAAAGUGAGAUGUAUUAGCCUAGUCCAGUGCACCAUAUCAAAUCUGAUACGACAGAAUCUGCUCAGUGGUGCACAUGCUAACAUCCAAUGACCUUUUUAACUUCCUCAAUGUGGGUGAGCAUAAUUCUCACUGUGGUUUCGCACUGUGUGUGUAUGGAGGGGGGUCACUUAAUCACACAUGAAAGACUUGCCCCAGUUUAUAAAGCUGCACUGUGCUGUACUGCACUGUACACUUCAAAGAUCAUGCUUACUUCUAAUGUACUGUACCUGUUAUGUACUUGAGUGAAGACCCAAAAGCGGUUUUAACAGAAAACAGAGUUCUUUAAUGAAAAAACAGGAAUGGCAUAAAUCCUCUUCCAACGUAGUCAAUGGAACAAAAAGAACGUUAGAAUAAUGCAGGAUGCACCUGCCAGGCAGACUCCGACAGGAUAGGACAAGGUGGAAGCAAACGGGACGACAGCUUGCUUCUGGCAUCAAAAACACAAACAAGAAUCAGACACUGAAAGUAGCAGGAACAGAGAGAGAAAUAGAGACCUAAUCAGAGGGGGAAGAGAGAACAGGUGGGAAGGAGUGAAUGAGCUAGUUAGGGGAGAUGUAGAACAGCUGAAGAAUGAGAGACAGAGAAGGUAACCUAAAAAGACCAGCAGAGAGAGACAGAGUGAAGAGAAAGGACAGGAACAGACAUAACAAGACAUGACAGUACCUGCAGUAAAUGCAAUUAUCAUACUUGAAUGAUCACGCAACAUGAUAACUCACUGGAUCACAAUAUAACAAUGUAAUUAAUAGGUAUCUUUAUGAGAAAUAGGGUUUUAAUUUAUAGGCUAGGCCUACGCUACCAAUGUUUUUAUUAUAGGUAAAAUGUUACUGGAAUAGGAAUCUGUUUCUUUUAACAAACCAGAAAUGAUGGGUGCAACAAAAACAGAAAGUGUUCUAUUCAGUUCAUAGAACUGUUGGUUGAGAGUUAUUUUCUUUAUCGUGAAGUGAGACACAUCACCACUAUAAUUUGCAAUAAUCUCUGUAUUGUAGGCCUACUACAGUAGCCUAUAAGACAAGAGGCAUCAAAGGAAACUUGACACCUUGAAAAUGGUUCCAUCAUUGCUCCACCUCUGAUUUCAAUUCUUCUAAACCGUUAUUCAGAAUCACAAGUGUUUGCCUCCAGGGAAAAGAUGCUCUUUGGUUAUCACUAGAAACAGCUAAUUCAUGUUGUCAUUUUGUGGGGCAAAUUCAUUUUGUUGGCUAUUAAUUACGCUUCCAUUCGUUUGCCCUCAUCAUGUGUUUUCCAUACUGUUCGAUGAUGCAUAUACGGUAAUGGAAUAAAAUGUACACCCCAAGAACUA